UGACGUUACGAUAGAAAAACCUGAGUGUUAGUGUCAGUGACAUCGACAUGGCAACCUUCACUCUCUUCUACAGGGUGCUUGGCAAUAUGCUCAAAAGGCGUCUUCGUGUACUAAUAGUGGGAGGCUUGGCCUUAUCGCUGCUGCUGAUGAUACUGUUCUUCUCGCACUCCAAAAAUUCUACAGUCAGAUCAAAAUCGCAGCAUUCCACGCCUGGGUUCUUUCUGUUCGGCACCAAGGAAGGGAAGCCUCACCACCAGGUGCUGUUCCUCAAGGUUCACCGCUCUGGCAGCUCCACUGUGCAGAACGUCCUAUUCCGCUUUGCCGUCCGCCAUGAUCUCGCAGUCUGGCUACCCCAAGGGUCAAAGGAACACUUCUCUGAGGACCACCUGGCCUGGUGGGAGAGUGCGGGAGCCUUGCCACCUCCCGAGCACCGCUACGACAUAGCUUUCAACCACAUGGUGUACAAUCCGACAAUUGUCAGCCUCUACAUGAAGCCUAACAUUUCGCGCGUGGCCAUUCUUCGUGAACCCUUUUACAGGUUUCUUUCGUCCUUCCACUACUACCGAAACAGUUUUCGGCUCGAGUACUUGGCUCGCAUACCUGGCUCGGUGCCAAUUUACACCUACCUAGGGAAUCAACAGCAGUGGGAGCAUACGAACCCCAUGAAGUCACAAACAAACAAUCGGAUGAGCCUGGACUUCGGCCUUGACGCCAACGCCCUGCGGAACGAGACGGCCAUCAGGGCUCUGAUAGACAGGCUCGAAAUCCAGUUUAGUCUAGUGAUGAUUAUGGAAAUGUUCGAUGAAUCUAUGGUGCUGCUCAAGCGAACGUUGCGUUGGCAGACGCGGGACAUUCUGUACACGCAAAGAAAUUCCAUGCACAUGCCUUUCCAGAACGCUUUCUCCGAAUCACAAGUGGAGAAUUUCGCCAAAAACCAGAUCGCCGACUACAUGCUGUACCGCCACUUCCAUGCCCUGCUGGUAAAGAAGAUCGAAGUCAUCGGCCAAGAAUUCCAAGAGGAAGUGACCAUUUUCAAGGGCCAGGUCAAAAGGCUUCGGGAGUGGUGCCUGAAGGCCACAGGUCACAGCCUCAUCUUCGAAGCCACUCCGUGGAACGAGCGCUUUGAGGUAAAAAUUUCUGAGUGCCUCAUGAUGGCACUGGACGAAAGAGGCAUGAUGUCCCUGCUUAGACAUGCGCAGUCCAACAAAACCACACACGUGGGGUCCUUGUCGGAUAUUAAUCUGCACGAAAUCCUGCAAUUGACUUCCCGGGAAAAUGAAAUGUGACAUUUCGGAUUCUAGAUUCCAAGUCCAUUGUACACUUACGUGAUUAAAAAAAUAGAUUUAUGGAAAAAA